ACAAUCGCGGCAACCCUGCCGUUAGACGUAUCCAACGUACCUGUCUCUUCUGCUAUCGUUAUAGUUUCCACGAAGCAUAUUUGUUUCCACUUGCGUUGGAUGAGGGCGGCAAAAGGAGGUUCACAGAAGAGAAGCGCACAACGCUACUGAAUGUGCUCACGUGACGAGAGGUGCUCAAUGCUUCAAGUCGCCGCAGAUCGCAGCAGAGGGAGGAUCAAAGCGAACAUGCCACCACAACCAUCAACACGGACGCCUUACACAGACUACUUUGCCUAUGUGUAUGCAGGGAUUGUCUUCAUUGGGGGGAUAAUUGGGUUUAUCAAAGCAGGUAGCUUGACGUCUAUUGGUAUCGGAACAGUGACAGGCACAUUACUGGGAAUAGGUGCACGACAAGUCAGCGCAAACCCAAGGCACUUUUCGCUGUUGUUGAUCUUGAGUGGGGCCCUUAUGGUGGUGAUGGGGACACGGUACUCUCAGUCAGGCAAAGUGAUGCCCGCUGGCCUCAUUACUCUCAUCAGUGCCAUUUCCUUUCUGCGGUACGGAAUCCGCCUGGCGUCAAAUUGAUAUAUAAUCUUGUAAUGGAGGUUGCUGUCGAGCUAUGCUCGACUGAGUGGAUCAAUGGUCAUUGUACAUCUGUAUUCUGUCAUCUAUCUAUCUGCAUAAUAAAUGCUGUCCGCGAAGCGAGGUGACUAAUAAUAGGA